CUGAUCUCUUCAGGUUGAUUUGCAGGUUCUGUUUCGCUCACAUCUCAGUCAGUCAGUGACAUUCAGCUCACAGAAACCAUCCAUGUUGUUCUCAGCAGUUCACUGCAGGCUCACCUUCCUGACCCUCAGAGAUGAACCUGACCACACCUGGCCUCCUGGUAUCCACUGAAAACAGAUGAAUGCAGCAGCUCCACCUUGUUUCACAGCGGCGUGGGAGUCGGUGCAGGAAGACAUUUGGGUUCACUUGAAGCAGUCUCAUCCAGACCUCCCUGAAGAACCAGAUCGUUUCUCGGAGCGAAGUGCGGCACUCAAAGCCUGCAGAAGGAAACCGUCAGAUGUUUGAAGAUGCUGCUGAGUCGAAGGAGAAGCGGAUGUCGAGAGUUCACAGGACCGACGCCUCAUUCAGUCGCUGUGAGAGCAAAGCUCCCAUCGACGAGGUCCGCGGACCACCUGAUCCUUGAGAGACAGAAACGGGACGCAGCCCGGGACAAAGCCCUGGAGUUCACAAAGUACCAGCAGGGCUGCGACGUGAAGAUGUGCUGGCUGAAGGGUUCAGACAGUCGCUUCCUGAGAGGGACCGUCGAGAGACGAGUCCAAGCUGCUCUGAACCAGCAGGAGGUCCGGGUCCAGCAACGGAGAGACAGGCUGCGUGUGUUGCUGGAGGUGGAGGAGCAGCAGCUCCUGCAGGAGUUGGAGGAGAAGAUGGAGACUUCAGUGGAGAGACAAGCAAAGAUGCGAGAACGAGUUAAAACCCUGAGAGAGAGAAGAGAGAGAGACAGACAACAGUUGGUCUCAGACAAGCUUGAACAACUCUUCAGGGAGCAGUGUGAGGAGCUGCGCACCGUCCAGAGCCGACGCAGAGAGCAGCAGGUGUGUCGGGAGCGAGCUGCUCAGGUGAGGAGCCGACAGGAGCGGCUGCAGCUGCAGCAGCGGGAGCAGCAGGUGUUCGAUGAGCUGUGGGAGGCCGACCGGAAGGCCAAAGAAGAUCGGGAGGCGCAGAGAGCGCAGAGCCGGCAGCAGAGGAACAUGCAGCAGCUGGACUUCAUCCAGAGGCAGAUGGAGGCAGCAGAGCAGCAGAAACGACGGCUCAGGGAGCUGAGAGCCGAGGAGGCCGCACUCACGCGGCAGCAGCAGGACGUCCAGCGGCUGCAGAAGCAGCGCGAGCAGCAGCAGAAGAUCCAGGACCAGCAGACCAGACGCCGGCAGCUGGAUCAGGGUUUACGGCUGAAGAUGAAGCGGCUGGCCCGGGAGCAGCAGGACGAGCUGCAGCUGGACAUGAACAUCCUGCAGCAGCUGCUCAAACAGGAAACAGAUGAGAAACAGGAAGCUGCUCAGAGGAAGGCUGAGCUGCGUGAGGAGCAGAGGAGGUACCGACAGUAUUUGUCCGAGGAGCUGCAGAGGCAGAAGAUGGAGGAGGAGGAGACGGAGCAGCUGAUGGAGGAGAAACUGAAGGAGGUGUGGAACAAACGAGAGAACCAGAGUCAACUGAAACGAGAGGCCAGAAACCGACUGAUGAAGGAGGUGAUGGAGGCCCGAAGCCUGCAGAUCCAACGCAGACUGGACAUGAACCUGCAGAAACAGGUGGAGCUGUCCAAAGAGAGAGACGAGCUGAACAGACUGAUGGAGGAGAUGAAGCUGACGGACGAGGAGGAGAAAAGACGUCGGAGGCAGACCUGCGAGGCUGUUCGGGCCGACCUGAGGGCUCAGAUGAAGCAGCAGCAGCAGCUUCGCUGCGAGCGGAGAGCUGAGGCUGAGGCUGAGUAUCAGCAGGGUCUGGUCGAGCAGGACCUGUACAACAAGAAGAAAGACGAGAUCCUGUCCAGACCCCUGUCUCACACCAUCAUCCCCCAUCCAUUCAGACGGGCAGAGGGAUCCAGAUCAGCCUCACGUGGAAGUCACACCCAAACACUUUGAAAUAGCACAUUACUGUGAUGCUCUAAAUAAAGUCUGUUUGAUCACAAA